AUGCAUGCUUCUCUAUUCCACCUUCUUCCUACAAAUACCGCCACCCUCUCAACAAAUCCAGAAAAGCGCACACGGAGAAGACUUGGGCUAUCUGAAUUCGACGACAAUGGCGAGAAACAGACUGACCCUCGUGCUGUUACUGCUCGAGGAGGAGGAGGAGGAGGAGGCGGUGAGGAACAGAGGCCAUGGGGAUCACAGGAGCCGUUCUUGAUGCAGGACUCGAGAACAGUGUUGAGGACUGAUGCAGGAGCUAUGAGAGUGCUAAGGAGCAUUGGUGGGAGAAUUAUACAGAAGCCAAUGCAUAUAGGCUUCAUUCAGAUGGAGCCCAGGUCUCUUCUCAUCCCUCAAUAUCUAGACUCGAGCUUGCUUCUCUUCGAUCGCAGAGGGGAAGCUAGAUUGGGAUUUAUCUGUAAGGACGAACUGGCUACCAGAGAUUUGAAACCGGGGGAUGUCUUCUGGAUUCCGGCUGGUACAGCGUUUUACUUAGAAAAUUUAGAGGAAGGGCAGAGGCUCCAAAUCAUCACCAGCAUUGAUCCAUCUGAGAGCUUGGGAUUGGGUCUUUUCCAGUCCUUCUUCAUCGGCGGUGGAACUUACCCACGAACAGUUCUUGGAGGCUUCGACCCUGAUGUUCUUUCCACUGCAUUGAAUACUUCAAGGGAAGUAGUGAGAGAAAUGUUAUCAAGGCAGCAACAAGGACCAAUCGUGUAUUUGACAGAAGCUGCGCCAAGCGUUUGGACCAAGUUCCUGCAAUCGAAAGAGCAGGACAGGCUGAACCACCUCAAGAGAAUGGUGGAAUUUAACCGAGAACUUAAAAAAGAAGGUAAGAAAGCAGCAGCAUGGUCAUGGAGGAAGAUGCUGAGCUCAGUAUUUGGGGAGGAAAAUAAGAAAAAAGAUGACUGUGAUGACUCGUACAAUCUGUACAACAAGCCCCACGAUUUUGAGAACAGAUACGGAUGGAGCAUUGCUCUUCAAGGGUCUGAGUAUAAUCCCCUCAAACACUCUGGCACCGGUGUUUAUCUCGUCAACCUCACUGCGGGAUCAAUGAUGGCGCCACAUGUGAAUCCAACAGCGACAGAGUAUGGAAUUGUACUGAGAGGAUCGGGGAGGAUACAGAUUGUGACGCCAAACGGGAGUUUAGCACUGGAUGCAAAAGUAAAUGAAGGUGAUGUAUUUUGUGUACCGAGGUACUUUGCCUUCUGCCAAAUAGCCUCAAGAACGGGCCCUUUUGAGUUCUUCGGCUUCACAACUUCGGCUAGAGAGAAUCGGCCACAGUUCCUUGUCGGUGCACAUUCAAUUCUCCAUGAAUUUCUUGGCCCUCAGCUCGCAGCAGGGUUUGGUCUCAGCGAACAGGCACUUCGUCAGAUUAUUGAUAACCAGCGUGAAGGCGUCAUAUUGCCAACUCCGGAGGUGGCACCUCCAGAGCCCAUGGAGGAGCAGGGCGAAGACAAGCCAAAGGUUAUGAUGGUAGUAUGA